AGUUAGACAGCAGAGUUACCAAGAAGAGCUGGAAACACCUGAUGGUCUCUGUGGGACAAUCCGCUCCAUAUAACUCUCCUCUUAACUGUCGGAAGAUAAAUCUACCUCGAGGCUUCAUUUCUGUCGAGUUUUUGUUGCGUUUUCUCUUCUGAAAAACUUACAGAGCCGGCUGAUCUCUCUUCAUCCAAAGAAUCACUGAUUCGAAGACAUUGCACUACUCUUUUUUUUAAUUGUUCCUAUUUAUUGUAUUUUGCACUAACGAUGCACACCACGCAAAAGGACACGACCUAUACGAAGAUUUUUGUCGGGGGUCUUCCCUACCACACCUCGGAUUCAAGUCUCAGGAAAUAUUUUGAGGUGUUUGGUGAGAUUGAAGAAGCGGUGGUCAUUACCGACAGACAGACCGGCAAGUCUAGGGGUUAUGGAUUCGUGACGAUGGCGGACCGCUCGGCUGCAGACCGGGCCUGUAAGGACCCCAACCCAAUCAUUGACGGCAGGAAGGCCAACGUCAACCUGGCCUACUUGGGGGCCAAGCCUCGGGUGAUGCAGCAAGGCUUUACCUUUGGUGUUCCCCAAAUUCACCCAGCGUUCAUCCAAAGGCCUUAUGGCAUACCGGCCCACUAUAUGUACCCUCAGGCCUUCGUACAGCCUAGUAUGGUCAUCCCUCAUGUGCAACCUACAGCUGCUGCACCCGCCACUGCCUCCUCCCCCUACAUCGACUACACCGGAGCUGCCUACGCGCAGUAUUCUGCAGCUGCAGCCAGCGCUGCCGCUGCCGCUGCAUAUGAGCAGUAUCCGUACGCUGCAUCCCCUGCCGCUGCAGGCUACAUGGCUACUGCCGGGUAUGGCUACGCAGUCCAGCAGCCUUUAGCCGCAGCUGCCCCAGGCUCAGCUGCCGCAGCAGCCGCAGCCUUUGGUCAGUAUCAGUCUCAGCAGCUGCAAGCCGACCGCAUGCAAUAGCAGCCACUGCAACCACUGGACAUGCAGAGCGAGAAGCCACGGCCACGGCCACAGCGACGGAAAAGGAAGAGGGAGUGGCCUUAAGGAAGAAGGAGUGGCCUUAAGGGUUAUAGGCAGAGUAGCUUUAAAAAGGUAAUGAUGAUGGUGGUGAUGAUGGUGGUGGUGGUGAUGAUGAUGGUGAGGUGAGGUGGAAACUUUUUACAGUAACUUUCCAACUUGCCGUGCUUCAACCAAAAAACAAGAAAAUGAAAAAAAGUCGCAGAACAAAUAAUGGAAAGUGAUUUACUAUUAUUGUUGUUCUAACUAUUAUUAUUAUUAUUAUUAUUAUUAUUAUUAUUAUUAUCAUUACUAUUAUCAUUGUGGUAGAGUACUUAUUUCUAGAAAAGUAAAGCAGGAACUAAUCCCUGAGGUUGGUAUAGGUGUUAAACUAAGCCUUUAAGUCCUAUUGCUGUCUUUAACGUUAGUUUAGGAAACUGUUCGCUUUUUUUUCACUUGUGGUUUUCCACAAGUGUUUUCAGUUAUUUGAUGCCCUCAUAACAUUUAUAUUUAUUAUUGUUAUUAUUACACAUUGGGGGCUCUUCUUGUUCUUUUUGUCUUUUCAAGUGCUUUUUUUCUGAUAAUCAGGGAAAUGGAACCGUUUCCAAUGUGUUAGCUAUUAUAAUGUGACCUCUGUCAGGAAGUCGAGAAGUCGUAACUCGUCGUGUCACACAUAUUUGAAGAACUACCUUUUUAUCUUCCUGAUGCUGAAUGUCCCUUUUUUUACUCUGUGUCUCGACCUCUUGACCUAUGCAAAGCAAACAAAUCACCAGGAGACAAAAAAGCCGAAGAAAAGCAACAAAAAACUGAAAAUGUCAUCAACUCUGACUUGAUUCUUGGACUAAAGGGGGACUUGGCAAACAAAACAAACGCACUGACAAAAGGAGAGAGGUUGAAAAUGGCUCCAGACAAUGAGAAACACUAAAUCAGUUGCUUUUCCACAUGUUUCACUCACACGGACACAGACACAUGCAUCCAGAGUUGCACACAUAGCAGUCAAAGACAAAGGCAGCACAGUGGUGUUUCUCUCUGGCUCUGGGAUGGAGAGAAAGAAAAAGAGAAAGAAAGAGGGAGAGAGAGAGCAGCUGCUGGUGGGGGUGGACAGAGCCGCUCCAGCGCCACACAGACGGAUCACUCUGGAAAGAACGCAUCACUUGUGCUCGUUUGUUGAGCUGUCACAUUUUAAUCCCCGGCCGGGCCCAUUUGGGAACCAACUUCACACCCCUCCACCCAACACAGAGCCCCACAGCAGAGAAGCCCCCCACCCACCCCCAGUCAUGCAGCCCUGCAGCUGUCAGCACAUCCACCUCUGUGCUGCUGUAGUCUGGUGUCAGGUACACACUCACACUCUCACUGACACACACACACACACACACACUCACACACACACACUAUCACCAAAGCCACCCCAACAACUGGUCUGCCUCGUGUCUGUCAAGAUCACCAUGAGGGGUGGAGGAUGGGGGCUUGACUGUUUGACGUUAUGUUAGUCUGUGUGACUACUGCUAUUUAAGAGAGAAAAAAUUGAAAAAAUCUACUAUUUAAGAUAUUUAUUUUUGAGGGUUGACUAUGUUGACGCUCUGAGAGUAGAGACUUAGUUGCGGUACUGUAUAAAUAAUAUUAUUAUGUACUCAUCUCAAGGCAUAUAUAAGUUAUUGAUUAGUUUAGUUAUAAUAUUAUUAUUAUUAACAUACUCAACCAAAAAUGUCAUUAUAGGAGUUAUUUAAGAUACUGUUAUGUGCACUGUACUUUUAUUUUUUAUCUUUUUGAUUCUUUAGAACAUGACAUUAAAUAUUAGCCUAAUGCCUUUUGUAGGGAAGAAACUUUAUUUAAAUGCAGGCCUAUUUGCGUGCAGAUUGUACUCUGCCUCUUCUGUGUUUAGAUGAGAGGAAAAACAAUUAUAAUUUUCACAAAAAACAAGCGGAAAUGCUGCUUUCUCCACUAGAAUGUAUAGUUGUUGUCAAUAUUUCAGUAGCUGUGCUUCUUUUGCUUAAUAUUCAUCAGAUGGGCUAUUUUACACUGUUGGGAAUUUUUAUACUUGAACUAUUUCUUACAAGGGAAAUAUGAAAAAUAAAUGACAAAAAAACUUUUUAAGGAAGCUUUUCAUUGUCACUGGAUGAAGGCAUGUAAAGUGUUUCUAUUUAAAUGCAAAGGUCCUGUUGAUAUUAAAACUUUUUUUU